ACAAGCCCUUUUGUUCCAAUGGCGAACUUUGCUUUGCUGGUUUCUCUUUUUGUCUCUGUUAUUUCUCUUCCCAAUCUCUCUGGAGCAAUCUCUUCCUGCAAUGGCCCGUGUCGGACCCUGAACGACUGCACCGGCCAAUUGAUCUGUAUAAACGGCAAAUGCAACGAUGAUCCCGACGUCGGCACUCACGUCUGCUCCAAUGGAGGAGGAGGUGGAUCCCCGCCGCCGUCUCCAAGCAACGGUUGCCGGCCAAUUGGCAACUUACACUGCAAAGGCAAAUCCUUUCCUCAGUUCAAGUGCUCGCCGCCGGUGACAUCCUCCACCAGAGCCAUCCUCACAAACAACAACUUCAGUAGCGGCGGCGACGGYGGAGACCCAUCGGAAUGCGACGGAAAAUUCCAUGAUAACUCCGAGCUGAUUGUGGCGUUGUCCACAGGCUGGUACAAUGGAGGUUCGAGAUGCGGGAAAAAGAUCAAGAUUACGRCUAGGAACGGGAGGUCUGUGGUGGCUAAGGUGGUGGAUGAGUGUGAUUCCGUUAAUGGCUGUGACAGAGAGCAUGCUGGGCUGCCGCCGUGUGGGAACAAUAUUGUGGAUGGGUCCGAUGGAGUAUGGAAAGCUUUAGGACUUGACAUUGAUGUGGGUGAAGAACCUGUUAGYUGGUCCGAUGCUUAAAAGUUUAAUCCUGUUGUAAACCAAUAAGUGGUCAAACUGUUGACGAAGCUCAUUGGAAAUGUUUGACCUAAAUAUAUGAUGAUCUCAAAGAGAUGAGUCAAUACUACAACUUGUCUUGUAUCAAACUGACUUAAGUUUGUAUCAAGUUAUUUCCAAUAUAUUAUAAUAAAGCUUUUGCGUCUUACCUUGU